UAGUCCCCCGUCCCAAACACCUCCUUUGGAACGCAAAACAUACUCUAGAAAGUCCAAAUGGCCGCCGCCGCGCCUCCGCCACCACCAGCGCCCACGCCUUCACCGCCGACUGGAGUUCCGGAAUCUGCACCCAUUGGGCACCCUCUCUUCUCCCGCAUCCGUCUAGCGACGCCCGCCGACGUCCCCCACAUCCACAAGCUCAUCAACCAAAUGGCGGUGUUUGAGCGCCUCACCCACCUCUUCUCCGCAACGGAAUCCUCCCUUGCCUCCACCCUCUUCAACUCUCCUCCAUUCCACUCCUUCACCAUCUUCCUCCUCGAAAUUUCUCGCCUUCCCCUUCCUCCGCUCCCACAAUCUCCGCAUUUCACUCCAAUCGACCGCGUGAUCACUCUCGAGCUACCUUUGAUUGACCCAGAAGGAGAUCAGUUCCGAUCGAACGGAAAUGGGGAUGUUGUGGUUGCUGGGUUUGUGCUGUUUUUCCCCAACUACUCUUCUUUUUUGGCGAAACCUGGGUUUUAUGUGGAGGACUUGUUUGUGAGGGAGUGUUAUAGGAGGAAGGGGUUUGGGAGGAUGCUUCUGACUGCAGUGGCGAAGCAGGCGGUGAAGAUGGAUUAUGGGAGAGUGGAGUGGGUGGUGCUUGAUUGGAACGUGAAUGCUAUCGAGUUUUAUGAGCUGAUGGGUGCGAAGGUCUUGAGUGAGUGGAGGAUUUGCAGAUUGACUGGUGAGGCUCUUGAAGCUUAUCGUGAUGCUUAAUCUCACUUUCCUGCUUGAUUGUUCUUGUUCUUUUAAUUUAUUGUAAUUCGGGUUUUAGAUAUAAUCAAGAUAUGAAACUAUGGAUAGUUUAACUGGUGCAGAUUGAUUGUGAUUUUUGGUUGUAUUGCGGCAUUUGUCUUGUGCAAUGUGAACCAUGUUAGUAGAUUAAUGAAAUGUUACUCUUCUACUGAAUUUAUAUUCAACCUGUUUGAUGAAGGUUUCUUC